AUGGAUUCGAGUGGAACUAUUAGGGUCAGAUUACUGUCGUCCAAAUCAAGGAUAGCUCCGAUGAAAACCCAAUCCAUCCCGAGAUUAGAGCUUUGUGGGGCACUUCUUGCGGUUUUACUGUUCGAGAAGAUUCGUGAUUCGACGAGAGUAGCAGCGCAAACGUUUUUCUGGACGGAUUCGACGUGUGUCCUUCAUUGGAUAGCAGCUUCCCCAUCCACUUGGAAUGUUUUUGUCGCUAACAGGGUUUCGAAAUUCCAAACAAUAUCAGUUGGCUGUCAGUGGAGACACGUGUCAGGAGCUGAGAAUCCUGCGGACCUCAUUUCCAGGGGUAUAUCUCCUGAGGACAUCAUUGAGAACAAGGUUUGGUGGCAUGGACCAGCUUGGUUGGAGAAGGGCCCCGAUUAUUGGCCAACAUUUCCAGAGAAUUCUACGGUUGAAGAAGGUGAGGAAGAGAAGCGUCGUACAGUAGUAACCAACAUUGCUUCUGGAAUGGUGGAAUUCAACGAUUGGUAUUUUGGGAAGUUUGGAUCGUUCAUUGUAUUAAUCCGGUGUACAGCUUAUUGGCUGAGGUUGAUGAAACUGCUUCGUGAACCAAUAAAUACUCGUAAGGACACGAGAUUUCUUUCCGCAAUCGAGUUGAAAGAGGCAGAAAGGCUGCUAAUUUCAAGGGUGCAACAGGAAUGUUUUCAUCUAGAAUGGAUUUCAUUGUCUAAAGGGGAAAUGGUUCCCCGAAAAUCUCCGCUUCGAUGGUACAACCCAUAUAUAUCCGAGGACGGGUUGAUAAGAGUUGGAGGACGACUGAAGCAUUCAGCGGAAUCCGAAGAAACGAAGCACCCAGUUGUUUUGCCAGCUAGGCAUCAUUUUACGCAAAUCAUUAUAAGGUACUACCACGAGAAGCUGCUUCAUGCAGGACCGCAACUACUAUUAGGAGCUGUAAGACUCCGCUAUUGGCCAUUGGGCGGAAGGAAUCUCGCUCGCUACAUUGUGCAUCACUGCCAGAGGUGUUUCCGAGCAAAGCCGUCUGCAAUCCAACAAUUUAUGGGAGAGCUGCCAUCAGCACGGGUCACCGUAUCUCGUCCGUUCUCACGAACGGGCGUUGACUACUUUGGACCACUUUACCUAAGGGUAGCCCCACGACGACCAGCAGUGAAGGCCUAUGGUGCAAUCUUCGUUUGCAUGUGUACGAAGGCGGUACACUUAGAGCUUGUAAAUGACCUAUCUACCGACCGAUUUCUGCAAGCAUUGCGGAGAUUCAUCUCAAGAAGAGGAAUGUGCACGAAUCUUUACUCCGACAAUGGCACUAAUUUCGUCGGAGCUCGAAAUAAACUACGAGAAUUCCUGAUUUUAUUGAAAAAUAGUAGUCACCAUAGUCGAGUUUCGAAGGAAUGUGCCAAUCAAGGGAUUCGAUGGCAUUUUAAUCCCCCCAGUGCGCCCCAUUUCGGAGGUUUGUGGGAAGCCGCCGUACGAUCUGCUAAAAUCCACCUGCUUAAGGUUCUAGGCGAAAGUGUUGCGACUCCCGAGGAUAUGAGCACUCUACUCGUCCAAAUAGAGGGGUGUCUCAAUUCAAGGCCAUUGACACAGAUGUCUGAGGAUCCAAACGACUUAGAGCCAUUGACGCCUGCCCACUUCUUGAUCGGAACUUCUCUGCAGGCGAUCCCGGAAGAAAAUAUAGAAGCAGUUCCCAGUAAUCGUUUGAACAAAUGGCAGUUGAUUCAAAAACGUCUAUAG